AUGACAGUUCCACCAGUAUUAAAAUCUCCCUUAUCUAAAUCAUUGAAGAUCGCCUUGAUCCAAUUGAAAGCAGGUGCAGAUAAAGCUGCCAAUUUAACUAAAGUCACCAAGUUUGUUGAAGAAGCUGUAACUAAGUCCCCCACUCUUGACUUGGUUAUGUUGCCAGAAUGUUUCAACUCUCCUUAUGCAGUUAGCGAAUUUAGAAAUUAUGCCGAAUUGAUUCCUACUGGAGAAACAACUACACUUUUGUCUUCAUUGGCUAAAAAGCAUGGUAUUUUCAUUGUUGGGGGAUCGAUCCCAGAAAUUGCUCCUGAAGAAGGAAACAAAAUAUUCAACACUUCUCUUACAUUCUCACCUGAAGGAGAAAUUAUUGCCAAGCAUCGUAAGGUACAUUUGUUUGAUAUCGAUAUUCCUAAUGGAAUCACGUUCCAAGAAUCAUUGACCUUGACAGGAGGUGAUAAGGCUACUGUGUUUAAAUUAGGUGAGUUUGGAAAUGUUGGAUUGGGUAUUUGUUACGAUAUCAGAUUCCCCGAGUUAGCUUCAAUUGCAUCUCGUAGUCCAUAUAGUUCAUUUGCAAUGUUCUAUCCCGGUGCUUUCAACACCACUACUGGACCUAUGCACUGGCAUUUGUUAGCCAGAGCUAGGGCAGUCGACAAUGAAAUGUACGUUGUUUUAUGCUCACCAGCAAGAGAUGUUGAAGGAGGUGGAUAUCAAGCAUAUGGUCACUCUUUAGUGGUUGAUCCUUCGGGGAAAGUCAUUGCAGAAGCUGGGGAAGAAGAGGAGGAAAUUAUAUAUGCUGAAUUGGACAAGGAUGCAAUUCCCAAGGUUAGAGAUGGUAUCCCUGUACAUUAUCAAAGAAGAUUCGAUGUUUAUGGAGAUUUUGUCGGUGAAGGCAAGGCCAAGGUUAGCGAUAAAUAG